AUGGCCCUCUUCGCCAUCUUGACUAUCCCUCUUUGCUUGUAUCUUCUUUUUCGCGCGCUGGCUCCUGCAGAGGACCACAGCAAGAACAACAGCCUGCUUCAGAGCGUGCUGUCUAGCAUAGGCCUCCUUCAGAAUGAGAGUCAACAUGCCCCUGCUCGGCCCCUGCUAUUGAAGCGGAAAGAGGUCGAGCAGCUCGACUCAACAACCUGGGGGCACCAGUCCUAUAGUGCCUUCCGCACAGCCGUCACCUCCGAAUCCCCCGUAGCAUUCCCAUGUGUCUACGCAACCAAGGGCUUCAAAGCCAUGGAGCACCGCUACCUCUUCCUCGAGUCCGACAACAUGCAAGACCACACCUCGCCCUCAGCAAUGACCCUCUCCGCCGCUCUAAAGGCCUACCUCGACACCGCCCCCUCAGACCUGGGCCCCAACACAAGCCUCGUGGUCCUCUUUCCCAUCCCCACCUCACAAGAAUCAACAUCCCUUUCUGUCAUGGACUACCACCAAAAAUACUGGACCUGCCUGCGCGCCCUCCGCAGAUCAGACCCCAAACCCUGGCCAGCACACAUCCCCACCUCCACCGACAGUCCGCUCUGGCGCUUCUGCUUCAACGGGCAGCCAUUGUUCAGUGCGGCGCUGACUCCCGCGCACGCAAGCCGCCGCUCGCGGUAUGCGCCUUGCUUCUGUAUUGUUUUCCAGCCAAACUUUGUCUUUGAUAUCCUGUUUGCCACGCAGCUGAAGAAGCAGUCGGCCAUCGAUAAAGUGCGCGGGCUUCUGGCGCGCUUUGAUGAUGUGCCCAUUAGCCCUGAGCUGAAGAACUAUGGGGAUCCGACGGGCCGCGAGAGUAAGCAGUAUUUUAUCCUCGACGGGAAUGAGGAGGCUGUUGGGUGUCCCUGGGAGUCGCUGGAUGAUUAG